CCGUCUUAAGAGUCCAUUUUCCUUUCAAUGGCGAGAACCAAACUCUUAAAAUCCAUAGGCUGUUUUCGGCAUUUCCUUUCCUCUUUAUAUUGAACAUUCUCUCUGUGAUUCAUUUAUUAACAUCUCUUCCUUAUUUUUCUUCGUCAACGAGAUCUUUUUCCAUUAUUUUCCUUUUGUUUCCUGGGAAAACUAGAAGACAACCUCCAAACUCGCUACUUUAAUUUCCUUUUAUCUCAGAUACCUUGUGAGUACGGAUACAACAUCACAGCUCACAGUUUUUAACAAGAAGAGUUUCCCUCUUAUGAAGAGCUAUUAGGGAAAAAUUUUGUUGCUAGUUGGAAGAAUAGAAGAACAUGUCUUCCGCAAACAAGGUUGAUAGGAAAGCUGCUGUUGAUGCAGCCUCAUGGAUGUUCAAUGUUGUCACAUCCGUUGGAAUAAUUCUCGUCAAUAAAGCGUUGAUGGCUACCUAUGGCUUUAGUUUUGCUACAACGUUAACUGGUCUGCAUUUUGCCACAACCACCCUGUUAACUAUUAUUCUUAGGUGGUUGGGAUAUAUCCAAGCAUCUCAUCUACCAUUAUCUGAGCUUCUGAAGUUUGUUCUGUUCGCAAACUUCUCUAUUGUUGGAAUGAAUGUGAGUUUAAUGUGGAAUUCGGUUGGAUUUUAUCAGAUUGCAAAGUUGAGUAUGAUUCCAGUAUCCUGUUUUCUGGAAGUUGUCUUGGACAAAGUACGGUAUUCAAGGGACACAAAGCUUAGCAUAGUAGUAGUUCUUCUUGGUGUUGCAGUCUGUACUGUUACAGAUGUGAGUGUCAAUACCAAAGGAUUUAUAGCUGCAGUGGUGGCCGUUUGGAGCACUUCCUUGCAGCAAUAUGUAAGUAACUAUAACUAUAACUAUAGCACUUCCUUGCAGCAAUAUUAUGUACAUUUUCUUCAACGGAGGUAUUCUUUAGGAUCUUUCAACUUGUUGGGGCACACUGCUCCAGCACAAGCAGUUUCUCUGCUUUUAGUAGGACCUUUAUUGGAUUAUUGGUUGACAGAUAAAAGAGUUGAUGCUUAUGCAUAUAGUUUCACAUCUGUGUUGUUCAUAAUCCUGUCAUGCAGUAUUGCAGUAGGGACAAAUCUUAGCCAAUUCAUUUGCAUUGGUCGGUUUACUGCUGUGUCAUUUCAAGUGCUUGGCCAUAUGAAGACAAUUCUUGUCCUGAUCUUAGGAUUUAUUUUCUUCGGGAAAGAGGGCCUUAAUCUUCAAGUAAUUGUAGGUAUGAUUAUUGCAGUAGCUGGAAUGAUGUGGUAUGGUAAUGCCUCGUCUAAGCCUGGAGGAAAGGAGCGUCGUAGUCUUUCAAUGAAUGGAAACAAAGCACAAAAACAUGAUGGGUUAUCAAAAUCCACCGAGGUGGAUGAUAAGGUCUAGUUUUCAGUUAAAGGUCUGAAAGAAAAGAGGAAGAAGACAAAGAAUUAAGCAUCGUAGAUCAGCUGAUUUCAGGGAUCUCUUUACACCGUGGAGGUCAUAAUCUCCAGCUCCUAUAAUUUUAAUUUUUUUCCCCAUCACAGAUUAUUUUCUGGUUUUCUAAUUUCAGGUAAAGGAUGUUAUUGAGUGGGAUCCAAGAUAUAGAAUAAAAGUUGCAUUGUCCAGUAAAUUUCUAUAGUAAUUUAUUGCAUAUUGAAUUUCAACAA